AUGGUCGCAGCGGAGAAGCGAGAAAUCAAGGCUGGUACCCUACUGUUGGGUGCUGGUCUGAACUUCUUUGAAGUGACCUCCUUGGGACAGCCACUCGAGGUCAUCAAGACGACCAUGGCUGCCAACAGGAAUGACUCCUUUGCAGGAGCCCUGCGCAGGAUCUGGGCGCGCGGCGGCUUCUUCGGAUUCUACCAGGGGUUGGUCCCGUGGGCAUGGAUCGAGGCAUCGUCCAAAGGCGCCGUUCUUCUCUUCGUCGCGAGCGAAACCGACCGGGCUGCUCGGUCGCUGGGCUUUGGGAAUUUCAGCGCCGGUAUCACCAGCGGAAUGGUGGGUGGCCUGGUCCAGGCAUACGCCACGGUCGGAUUCUGCACCUGCAUGAAGACGGCUGAAAUUACCAAGCUCAAGAUCACCGAGGAAGGUGGCAAACCGACGUCAACCUGGUCGACCUUUAAGGAGGCGUACCGGCGGGGAGGCAUCCGGGGCAUCAACAAGGGAGUGAACGCGGUGGCGGUGCGACAAGUCACCAACUGGGGCUCGCGCUUUGGCCUGUCCCGCAUGGCAGAGAAUGCUAUUCGCUCCGUGACUGGAAAGGACGAGACGCAAAGACUGAACGCUGGGGAGAGGGUCCUGGCUUCGGGAUUGGGUGGUGGAAUGUCGGCGUGGAAUCAACCAAUUGAGGUGGUACGCGUCGAGAUGCAGAGCCUUAAGGCCGAUCCCCAUCGGCCUGCCAACCUCAAUAUGCUGAGCACCGCUCAGUAUAUAUACCAGCAAAACGGACUCAAGGGGCUGUACCGAGGCGUGGCCCCUCGGAUUGGCCUUGGGGUCUGGCAGACGGUUUGUAUGGUAGCAUUCGGUGACAUGGCGAAAGAAGCGGUGGGAAAGAUCCUCGGAGAGGGCAUCUGA